GACUACACGAGCUUUGACAACCACAAGAUCAUCUUCAGUCCUCGCAUUCUCAGCACUCUCAAGACUCUACGCUAGUCCAACUUUCCCGACACUUCAAGAUGAAAGCGAUCGCUGCGUUAGCCGGCUCCAGCCUCAUCACCCUCGUCCACGGCCACGGGUAUCUAACUAUCCCCGUGAGCCGCACUCGCCAAGGAGCGGAGUCUGGAGCGGAUUGCCCGGAAUGCACGAUUCUCGAGCCGGUGACAGCUUGGCCUGAUGUCGAUGAGGCAAAGGUCGGCCGCUCAGGCCCUUGUGGGUACAACGCCCGCGUGAGCUUUGACUACAACCAGCCAUCGGCGGACUGGGGGAACGAAAUCGUAGCCACGUACUCUCCCGGCCAGAUCGUCGAUGUUGAGUGGUGCGUCGACCACAACGGCGACCACGGCGGAAUGUUCGCGUACCGCAUCUGCCAGGACCAGGCUAUCGUCGACAAGUUCCUCGACCCUGACUAUCUCCCCACCGAUGAAGAGAAGCAGGCUGCCGAAGACUGCUUCGAGGAGGGACUUCUCCCUUGCACUGACGUUGACGGCCAGGACUGCGGAUACAACCCCGACUGCACCCAGGACCAGGCGUGCUACCGAAACGACUGGUUCACGUGCAACGGAUUCGACAACGGCGACCAGACCAAGUGCCAGGGCGUCGACAAUGCGGCGCUGAACUCUUGCUUCACAAGCAUCGCAGGGGGCUACACAGUCACCAAGAAGAUCAAGAUCCCAGACUUCGUGUCUAACCACACGCUGCUCUCGUUCAAGUGGAACUCGUUCCAGACGCCUCAGGUAUACCUGUCGUGCGCGGACAUCGCCAUCGCCGACGGCGGCGGCUCCGCAUCGACAACGACCAGGCGAUCCACAGCAACCAGUUCGUCCACGGCCCCCGCAACCAGCACCGCCGCGUGUACCGCCACGGCUAGUAGUGUAGUAGCACUGACAUUCAACCAGGCCGUCGUAACAUCGUACGGGGAGACGAUUAAGCUCGUGGGCUCGAUCCCCGAGCUCGGCAAUUGGGACGUCGCGGCUGCGCCGGCCCUGUCGGCCGCCAAUUACACGGCUUCCAAGCCCCUGUGGACGCUCUCCCUGGACCUCGCGCCGGGCCUCAAUUUCGAGUACAAGUUCGUUAAGGUGGCGAGCAACGGGGCUGCCACGUGGGAGAGCGACCCGAACCGCUCGUACACGGUGCCGAACUCGUGCGGCUCGUCUGCGACCGCUGUCGAGGGAACUUGGCGCUAGAUUCUGUGUAUUUAAUUAUUUAUUUUGGAUAUAUAUACCUAUAUUUGGUAUAUGAGGUACAUAUGUUGAUGAAUUUGAUGAUUAGGGGCUUAAUUAUUAUAUAAAAUCGAAAGUCUUUCUUUUGCAGAUGUUCUUUCUGUGCUCAUAAUUACAUAUUUCAUGUUAUUUGAAUCGCAAGGGUGCAAUUUAUUCGUGUAUCAGGGAUCAUAGUCGAUCUCAUUUCCUCUCGUCAUGAUCCAUCUUAUCUUCCUCUCUUUCCUCUACGUAAAGCUUGCGGCUCAGGAGCGCCUGGCCAAUGAUCAGUUACUAGAUGCAAAUGUCUUUCAGAUCGUAGAAGAUAAUACAUGAUACUACCAUUUGCUCCUAGCUACUACGAUGUUCCAUAUUGCGAACGAUUUAUUAUUAGUACCGUUCGUCCUAGCGCUUGGAAUGGAUCGGACUAG